UAAUUUAGCCGCAAUACUUUGGUUGCUUGGAGCGGCUUUUCUUUUCCCAGGAUGCAAAGGGACGUAACGUCACAGAGAAGAGCUCUCCAGUAGAAUAAAAAUACAAACGGUUGUUCAGUGUUUCAAGAUGGCUGACAUUCCGCAAGAUGCGCCUGAACAAUGUCCUGGUACUGGUAGUGGAGAAGCUGGUAAAGCAUCUGCUUGUCAAGGAUGUCCUAAUCAAACAUUAUGUUCAACAAAGCCACAAGGGCCUGAUCCAGAUAUAGCAAAUAUAAAAGAAAGGUUGACAUCUGUUAAACAUAAGAUAUUAGUUUUAUCUGGAAAAGGAGGUGUUGGUAAAAGUACAUUUACUGCUCACUUGGCACAUGGUUUAGCAGCUGAUGAAAGUAAACAGGUUGGUGUAUUAGAUGUUGAUAUAUGUGGCCCAUCAAUACCUAGAAUACUGGGUCUAGAAGGAGAACAGGUUCAUCAGAGUGCUUCAGGAUGGUCUCCUGUGUAUGUUACAGAUAACCUUGCUGUAAUGUCAGUUGGUUUUCUUUUAUCGGGACCUGAUGAUGCUGUUAUAUGGAGAGGACCAAAGAAAAAUGGUAUGAUCAAACAGUUUUUACGGGAUGUAGAUUGGGGUGAUAUAGAUUACCUAGUUAUAGACACGCCACCUGGUACUAGUGAUGAACAUAUAUCAACAACACAAUAUCUUAGUCAAACACAUGUAGAUGGUGCUGUAUUAUUAACAACUCCUCAGGAAGUAGCUAUACAAGAUGUCCGAAAAGAAAUCAACUUUUGUCGUAAAGUGAAUUUACCGAUUAUUGGUGUAGUAGAGAAUAUGAGUGGUUUCGUUUGUCCUCACUGUACUAAAGAGUCUGUGAUAUUUCCACCAACAACUGGUGGAGGAGAGAAAAUGGCAGCAGAUGCUAAUAUUACAUUUUUAGGCAAAUUACCUCUAGACCCUAGAAUAGGUAAAUGUUGUGAUGAAGGCAAGUCAUUCUUUGAUGAAGUAAAAGAUUCACCAGCAACACAAGCAUUUAAAGAUAUUAUAGAAAAAAUCAAAGAUUAUUGCUCUAAGAGAAAGGAGAAUACUGAAGUUGAUACUGGUGAACAGAAGUAGUAGAUGAUAUCUUAUAUUGUGCCAUUUUUUAUUGUUUACAGAAUUUGUUUUAUCAGAAAUCCAUUGCAAUAAUUUUAGAAUUAAACUUGUUGUGCCAGUAUUAAUGCAUGGUGGACAUGCCCUGUGAAUUUAUUGUAAGUUGGUUCUCAGGGGUCAUGAAAUUAAAGUCCUUCUGGUCAUUUGUGCUGCAAAAUUUUAUGUUACUCAAAUUUUAAUAAAAAAAGUAUAUGACAA